UGGUUUAACUACCGCUGAAGAAUUUAGCAAUUCCGAAAACCAGUUAAGGCAACAAGAAUGGUUAAAAAAAGUGGGCUUAACUGAUGAAGAAAUACUUUUAUUUAAUGGCAAUAAGCCUGGUUUGUCCGACUGUCAUUGUAAAAUAGAAUCAAGUGUGUUAAAAUCUAAACUUGAAUGCAUUAAAAAUAAAAUCUAUAAAUUCCAAGAUGAUACUGGGAGUUCAGAACAAAGUGAUGAGAGCAUUACCCAUAACAGUCAAUUAGGGGAAAGUAAUAGGUCUAUUACAUUUUAUCCUGAAGGACAUCCUAUGCAUAACAUAAAAGAGCUAGAAGAAAAUUUAUUUGGACAUUUAAAAGAUGAUCGUCUAUCAAUAACAAAGCGAAGAAAAAUAUUGAGGCGUUUAGAGAGGAAGAAGGAGAGAAUAUUGGCAAAUGCUUUUCCAAUACCUAGUACAAUUGAUCUAGAUAGCCAACCUACAGUAAACAGAAGUGGAAGUCUAUGGGAUGUGAGGGUAAUGCCUCCUAAAACUACAGAAACGCAAACACCUUUGCAUAAAUAUAGGAAAAAUGUCUGUCUGAUAGGUCCUAAAAAACAAACAAUGUAUACUAUUAAAGACAAUAAGAUAGUAAGAUUGGAACCUUUGAAUGAUCAAGGUGAGGUUAAAACUGUGGACAUUGUAAUGCCAGUUAAUUCAGCAGAAGCACAAUUAUUGGAGGGAACUAAAAUGUCUUUAGAUAAUAUCAAGAAAAUUGACAGAUUCAGAGAUUAUGACCCAGGGAUUCCUUCAAAGGUAUUAAUUUUUUUUUCUAUUUUAUUUUGUACAUUUUUUUUUUUUCUAUUUAUUUGGGUAAAACAAACAGUGGCAAAAUAAAAUAUGUUAUACACAAACAUUACU